UCAAAGUUUUUGUAAAGGAGCGCGUGUAGCAAAGGAAAGAAAGUACUCGCCGGUGGUUUAUUCAGGCGUUCAAGUCGAAUAGCAUAAGAGGAUAUAUAAGAGCGUGAAGCACUGGAUAUUUCAUUUAUUUCACGCAUGCAACAUCGCAGCUCGACCCCUCCUGUUAAUUGAGGUAUUGAAAAGAAAUAAUAGCCCAUUCUUUUUUACAGUAGGGAUAUUGUUCUUAUUGUACGUUUGAUGCGUGUUUGUAACGUAAUGCACAGGCAUUACAUGACACCAUAUCAACUAAAGAUUUCGAAGAGAUAAAUAAAAAGAGACAUUGACGUCUGACCUCAUAUUUGCAAACGAUAAAGUGUUUUUCUGACACAUGAUGACGGAAAUUAGUGAAAAAGAAAAUGAACCACAGAAUCGAGACCGGGACCUCCAGCGUUCACUGGGAACGGUGCCUAUACAACCCGAAUCAAAGCUCCAGAGACUGAAGCGUUCUCUCUCCUUCAAGUCGGUGAUGCGCAGUAAAAGCGUGGACAACUUCUUCCAGCGGAACGGCGAAGCCCGCCUCCCCUCGGCCCUCAUCACCGAGCCUUCGCCGCAGGAGUCCGCUCUGGCCGCCGAGCGGUCGCCGUCCAUCUCGCCGUCCAUCAGUCCCAACCCCUCGCUCUCGUCCCACUCGCCCUCCGUCAGCCCCUCGCUCUCGACGUCCUCCAAGGCCCACGUCCAGGCCCUGGCUCAGCCCAGCAAAACCCACUGUUUCCAGGAGCAUGUGUUCCGCCGGCCCACUUGCUGUCAGCAGUGCAAGCACAUGAUCCAGGGAAACUCCAAACAGGCGCUGCGCUGUAAAGCCUGCAAGCUAGGAGCUCACCUUUGGUGCUCCUCCGAGCUAUCCCAGCAGCCCUGCACUGGCAAGACGGGAGCCUUCAAGCGGAACUUCAGCUCUCCUCUUCUAACUAACGACAUGUUGGGAGUGGUCAAGGAAGCCCCUACAGCACAAGGCACACGUCAGAAAGCUUCCAUGCUUGAGUCUGGCAAGGCGUGUGUUGACCCUGUAUAUGAGGCACUGCGCUAUGGAACCUCGCUGGCUCAGCAGAGCCGGUCCAACUUCAGCAGUAUCUUUGAGUCACCCUGUCAAGAGGAUGAAACAUUUGAUGAGGGCCUCGAAUCUCAACCAAUAGCUGAAGAGGAGUCUGUACCAGGAAAUCUCACCCCUCCUGAAAGUGAGAAGGCCGAUUCAGAAGACAGGGUCAGCUUGAAGACUCCCAAACGCAUCGAUGUCCAUUCCAUACACACAUACGUGGCUCUGUACAAGUUCCUACCCCAGGAGAAGAAUGACCUGGAGCUACAACCCGGGGACAGGGUACAAGUCAUAGAUGACUCCAACGAAGACUGGUGGAAGGGGAAAAGCAAAGACAAGGUGGGCUUCUUCCCUGCCAACUUUGUGCAGAGGGUACGCCCUGGCGAACGAGUGUGGAGGGUCAUGGAGGGUUUCCAUGGCAACCGCGAGAAAGGCCAGAUGACUGUAAAAGAGUCUCAAAUCUGUGUGGGCAAGAACGAGGAGACCGACGAGUACCUGAGGCUCAGCAGUGGCAAGAAGAAAGGCUUGGUCCCGUCCAAGUACCUCCUAGAGAUCUGACUCUGACCAGGGGGGGCUUCUCCUCUCCCACACCUACUCUGCCCUCCAGGCCCCUCUGCUAGCGCUCCCAGGUGGGCCUCACCACCUCAACGCUGUCUGCCGCUCCUCUGGCAAUGACUUGGAGCCCCCCAACCCCCUCACCCUCUCUGCCCAUCCGGCCCCAACCCCUCAAAAAAGGACUUGAGUUGUGAGACAAGAAAGGUGGACGUUGUUCUGAAACCAGUCUCCGUGAAUUUGGCCGCUGCUUCGCUCUAAGAUGUGGAGUGUUCCGGAAAGAGGAAAGGAUGAGGAUGAUG